GUACAAAUCUAAAGCGAACUAGUCCAAUGUGUAAUUCCAAUUAAAUGCCUUCUAAAUGAUAAGUUUACCUCUAAAAUAAAUAAAAAUUAAUGUUAGUGCAUAAGUGAGAGUUGUCAAAAUUGAUUAGCAAUUUAAAUGAUAACCAUAGCCUGGAACCAAAACCGAAAGUGAAUCAAAAAACAAACCAGUUCCUUUGGCUGGGUCCAAAGACCAGUUCAAUUAAACUAGUUCACGUUUAAAGAGGCAACUCUAGUUAUUUUUUAAUACCUAUAUGUUUUAAAAACAUAUGUGGAGUCGGGCAGAUAAUACGGAUUUAACCGAUUGCUUAGGAUCAGGUAUAUAGAAAGAUAACAUUCGACGUUCACGGCGACAGUGACGCCGAUAGCGACUGCGACUGCGACAGUACGACAAUGGUGUGCCGUGCGUGUGUGUGUGUUUUGUAUCGUGUUGUCUGAUUGUGUGCUGUUGUUGUUAUUGUUGCUGCUGUUGUUGUGCGUGUGGUCGCCAGACGGGCAGCGGGACAAAACGGCAGUGGAGCUGGCAGGACAGCUGGACACUCGAAUAUCCCUACCACAAAACAAUAGCAAAAACAUAAAAAAAACGGAGAAAUAAACAAAGAGGAGCGGGGCUUCCAUGUCGCCGAGUGUGGGCCUUUGAUGCCCUCGAAAGACUCCCGAGAACUGGACUCCAAGGAUCCCGAUCACCAUCACCACCUUCGCCACUGCCACCAUCAUGCUGCCCAUCAAUGAGGAGCAGCAGCUGCAACAGCAGCAGCAGUUGGAUCAACUGCAUCAUCAGCAGAUACCAGAGAUCCCAAUAACAGAUCUAGAGCAAGUGGAGCCCCAGAUCGGCGAUGGCAGCCUAUGGACUGCUUUGUAUGACUACGAGGCGCAGGGUGAGGAUGAAUUGACAUUGCGGCGCGGCGAAAUUGUUGUGGUUCUCUCCACGGACAGCGAAGUAUCCGGCGAUGUUGACUGGUGGACUGGCAAAAUUGGAGAUAAGGUUGGCGUCUUCCCCAAGGACUUUGUCACUUAUGAAGACCCACUCCAGCUGAAUGUUUCUUCAGCGAUUGGUGACAUCCAACCGCAUGAAAUUGAGUACAAUGAAUUAGACAUAAAGGAAGUCAUCGGUUCUGGCGGCUUUUGCAAAGUUCACCGUGGUUAUUAUGAUGGCGAAGAGGUGGCCAUCAAGAUAGCCCAUCAAACGGGCGAUGAUGAUAUGCAGCGAAUGCGAGAUAAUGUGCUGCAGGAAGCCAAACUCUUUUGGGCCCUUAAGCACGAGAAUAUAGCUGCCUUGCGUGGAGUAUGUCUGAAUACCAAGCUCUGUUUGGUGAUGGAAUAUGCCAGAGGUGGCAGCCUUAAUCGCAUACUUGCUGGCAAAAUACCCCCCGAUGUCCUGGUCAACUGGGCCAUUCAAAUAGCCAGGGGAAUGAACUAUUUACAUAAUGAGGCGCCCAUGUCCAUCAUACACCGUGAUCUCAAGUCCUCCAAUGUGCUGAUCUACGAGGCCAUUGAAGGCAACCAUCUGCAGCAAAAGACGCUAAAGAUUACGGAUUUUGGACUGGCCAGGGAGAUGUACAACACGCAGAGAAUGAGCGCGGCUGGCACGUACGCCUGGAUGCCACCAGAGGUCAUUAGCUCUAGCACCUACUCCAAAUCGUCUGAUGUUUGGAGCUAUGGUGUAUUGCUCUGGGAACUUAUAACAGGCGAGACGCCCUACAAGGGCUUCGACCCCUUGUCCGUUGCCUAUGGCGUGGCUGUCAACACGCUAACCUUGCCUAUACCAAAAACCUGCCCAGAGACCUGGGGAGCUCUAAUGAAAAGUUGCUGGCAAAUAAAUCCACAUGACCGACCUGGUUUCAAGGAGAUACUUAAGCAGUUGGAGACCAUCGCUUGCUCCAAAUUCACACUGACGCCUCAGGAAUCUUUCCAUUAUAUGCAGGAAUGUUGGAAGAAGGAGAUUGCUCAAGUGCUCCAUGAUUUGCGCGAAAAAGAAAAGCGUUUCCAAACCAUCGAAGAGGAGUUGCGCAACAAAGAGGAGCAGCUGCUCAGGGUACAGAAUGAGCAGCGCGAGAAGGCGACCCUUUUGAGAAUCAAAGAACAAAUUCUGCGUGAGCGCGAAAUGGUGUUGUUUGAAAGAGAAAUGGUCAUGCUGCAGCCGGUGCCAUCGAAACGAAAACCCAAAAAGGGGAAAAAGAACAAACCGCUGCAAAUAUCACUUCCCACGGGCUUCCGCCACACAAUUACGGCCGUGCGCGACAAGGCAGAACAACCGGGAUCACCUUCCUUCUCGGGAUUGCGGAUUGUGGCACGAUACCAGGGCAAUAGCAAGAUGGAUGACUGGCGCCCGGGGGCCACCAAUAUGCCGAUAAUGUCCCCAUCGCCGUAUCUCCUCAGCCGUUUUACCAGCAAUGUUCCCCUACCGACACUCUACGCCGGCGAUUCCGCCCGUAAGCCAAAGCUGUCUGUGAUCGAGUUACUGCUGUACAACAUGGCUUCACUGUUGGCCGGAGUUGCGGCCGGAUAUGAUGUUCGGAUGUCAAACGUGUCACCAGUUCAUCCCACUUUACUGAGUGAAGUACCUGCCUUAAAAGCGGCACCAAAAGCACCGAUUUCUAGUCCGGAGGAGGUGGAGCCACAUGAGGAGCAGAUCCUGGAAUUGGAGGGGGAUGCGCCACUUAAACAACAGGAAGACGAACAGAAGGAACUCCGAGAGAGCACUCCUCGGAAGAUGGCCACACAAGCGAGCCAAAGAUUUGGUAGCAUUGAAGCUCCAGUCAGCAAAUCCCAGCCCACAUCCCUGGCCCGUCGAAUUGGAGGCAGUCAGCCGUAUUACACACCCGUUCAGCGGACCCCACAGCACCAGUUGCACCAUCAUCAGCAGCAACCACAGCCAGUUCCAUCUGCCAUUGUAACCACAGUAGCUGCCUCUCAACCAUCAGCCGGAGUAAGCGCACUUUACACUGGAACCCAACCACCGACGCCAUCGCCACGUCGUAAACUGAGCAACAGCAGCUUUGGUAACACUAAUCCUCAAGCGGAUGGAUUCGAGGAGUUUCGUGUGGGUGGUGGCAUUGGUCCACCACCACUUUAUGCGCCAGCGGAUUACCUGAGAAACGGACCUAGUUACUCCAAUGAUGGUGGGAACUACCGUAAUGGUUACUUUGGUUCCAAUUACUUUCCAUAUCGGCCGGAGUUGAAUUACAGCUAUGAGCGUGACUGCAAGUCGUAUCCGGAUUAUUCCUACGACUAUAACCAUCGGUUACCCGAUUACUACGACUAUCAGUACGAGGUUCCAGUGGUGCCAGUUCCCGUUCCCGUGACUGUUCCCUGUCCUGUCAACCAGACCCGAACACCACCACCCCGGGUUCCCCAAAUGGGUGUAAGUGCGGCCGGACACCGACGCACACCCUCGACGGUUUCGAAUAAUUCAAAUGUUCUGCUGGAGCACGAAGAACUACUUUGCUAUGACUACAAUAAUCUCAAUUUGAAUUCUGAGUAUGAGAGGGAACGGGAACGCGAACGGGAGCAAGUGCCUCCACCCACGAAACAGGAAUUAUACGCAGGAUCGCCAAAGCUGCUGAAUCGUCUGAUCCAUAGUCCCUUGCCGAUGAUCAAGAAUAAAUAUGCCACGGCUGCGGUAACGCGACCAGCGAGUUUGCCCUUCGAGCAACAUGCUCUUUCGCUAGGCUACCAGCCAGCGAACGUGGGAUCUUUGAAGACAACGCUACCACCACCCCUAUCUGGCCAAUCAAAACUGCGCAGCUCGCUGAAGAAGUACAAUGGUGGGAAUGGAGGCAACGGUUCCACAUCCUCACAGCAAGGCACACCCACUAAUCCCACACCACCGGACUCGCUAACCAGCGAUGAUAGCUCCUAUUUGAGUGCCAAAGAGGGUUCCAUUGGCUCCCAGCACAGUCGGGUACGUUUCAGUCCGGAGGCCUACUUAGAUGCCAAUCCGCUGCCCACAUUGAACCGAAGGAUGACGGCUCCGUCAAUGCAAUUGCCAAAUCAACAGCAACAGCAACAACAGCAGAGACGACAGCGACAGGCCUCCAGUGGCAGCACUCCAUCGCCAUCGGCUUCAUCCUCCUAGCAGACGCGAUUGGCGCUGACCCUGCAGUUAGCGCGGAGUCCAGGAGCGGACAUCGGAACCGGAGGUGGAGCAAUAGGUGGUUUGUCGCUACAUCAGCAGCGCGUUCCCUAUCGCUGGUACUCGGGAGCCCGGCGAUCACGAUCGGCUCACUAUGAGUACCGUCUGUGAAAGAGUGGGACAGGCUAACAUAUACGCAAGCGAAAAAGAAAGGGAUGGAGAUAAAAGCUGAAAGCGAUCGGAGGAGCGGAAGAAGCUACAAGCUGGGAACAAUCAGUAAAGCAAAAAAAUCUAAAAGGUACCAGGAAAUAUUUAUGAAGCAGUUACAAAAAUUCUAAAUCUAAUCAGAAUCAGAAAAAAUCUAUAAAAGAGAGCAAUAAAUCUAUGGAUAGGAAAAGGUAGGAAAAAUCCAGUACUGCUAAAUUUAAAUAAUCAUCUAAAAAAAACAAUUACGAAAAAAAGCUGCAGAAAAACUUACAAAAGCCACCAGCUUAAUAUCAAAGGUAAAAAAAAACCCCAGAGAAAUCAAAUGGUUUUCAGGAAGAAUUAGGACAUAUAUCAAAGGGAGAGGAGAAUGUAAAUCAGCUAGUUAACGAGCGAAUAGCAGAGGAUUUAUAAAUCUAGAUCAUUUUUACCUCACCUCAAAACGAGCGAAUGCAAUUCCAGAUAUUAUAGGAUCGUGCAGAACUUUGAAAUCAAAGCGCAGCGUAUACCCACUGUCUGUAUAUAAAAGUAGUUAACAAGUUGUUCACAUGCAAGUAAAUUCAUAUAUAUAUAUACAAAACUCGAUGUUAAUAUUAGCCAACAGAUAGACAGGAAAACAUAUAGAAGGUGUUGUUCCUGAAACAGCUGGAGAUAGUUCUGUUCUAAUCGAAUAACUUUUGUAAAGAUACUAAGAUGGUAUAAUCAUUUUUGAAACUCAACUCCUUGAGGUCUUCGAAUCUCCAGAGGUUUCAGAAAGAUCCUCUAAUACACCCAUAGAUACAUAUACUUGUGAAACCCCCGACUUGUGCGAUUUGCCUUAAAAGUAGAGUGAAGACUUCACUAGUUUUGCCUGAUGCCGGAUUCCAAAAUAAAAAACACUCAUCGUAAAGAAUCCCAAUCCCUCGUAUAAGAAUACCAAUACAACUGAUGAACAAAUAGUUUGAUAUAUAGCUAAUAUACGCCCAUUUAUGUAUUAUAUUUACAUAUAUAUAUAUAUGAUAUAUGAUAGACGAAGGUCUCCACUUGCGUUCUCCAAUUCAUAUUAAGUGCAGCCAGCUAGCAAGCCAUCAACAACAAUAAUAAUUAGUAAUACUUUGUAAUUCCGAGAACACCACAUCCCAAUAUAAACACACGCCAGCCGUAAGCUCCAUAUUUAAGUCUGAAAAAAAGUUUAUAUAUUCAUAUAUAGACACUUAGAUUAUAGACCGACAUAGACGCGUUAACCCAAAAAAAAAAAAACACUAGCUCUGAAUUGAAUAACAGUAUAACUCGAUCGAUUUACAACUACUUAUAAUGGAUAUAUACGAGUUAUAUAAACACAUAUAACGAAGCAUAUUGCUGCUGUUUUUCCCAAAUAUUGAAUAGCUAUGAUAAUGAUAUAAUGUCAAUGAAUUUGACUACCUUUACAUAUAUGCCACGUACAUAGAUACUGCUACUAAAAUGCUUAUUAUGUAACCGAUUAUGUAAUCAUAUUUAUUUUAGAAGUGUUUUCGAAGUUUCUCGAGAUCGCACGGGUAUUUCCUUUAGUGUUUUUGAAUGUGACUUAGAAAAUAUAUUAAUUUUGUUAAAAUCUUUGUUUUUAAAUAUUUAUUGUAUAUUUUUCAUAUUCAAAUAACGUUUAAAGAACCACCCUCGAGAGAACACCUUAAAUAAUACUUUUAAAAUCUCCAGAAAUUUAUAAAACACUUCGGAUAAUGUGUACUCAGAUCGCAGCAUGCACAAAUAGCUUUCCUUGAUCUUUCGAGGAGCUCAAUUACCAAUUUAGUUACUCGACUUGUUUGCCACUCGAACAAACACGAACUCUUUUUAGCCAUUAGCCAUAUUUGUAUUGGGCGGGCUGGCAGUGAGACCACCAGCUCAUGCAUAUAUGCAUUACCAAUUAAUAACUAUAAUUUAGACAAAUUGUUGUUUAUGCUCACACAAAGCCGAAGUUAACCAAAAAUAGGAACCGAUUAAAUCCGAUUGACCAGAAACAAAAACCAAGCAAUAUAGCCACGCAUCUGCCCAAUAGUUAACCUUAACAUUUGCGUACUAGCUUAAUUGCAAUUGCCUGCAUUAUUUAUUAAUUAGAAAAGGGUUCGAGUUUUUAAGUUUAUAUUCUAUUUGCUGCUUAAUUACCUUGAAAUAGCGAGCGGACAAAACAAAUAAAAUGGGGGGGUUAAAUGUUUGAUUGUAGGGAGGAAAGCGGACUCACAAAUAUGCAAUAACAAAAUGCUGCUUGUGACUUAUGUUAUGUACAAAUUAGCAAUUAACAAUUGACGAUUCAUUUAAAUCAUUCAGAGACCAAAAUGCGAAAAUUAAAACUAUUUUUUAUA